CUCUUUUCAGCCUGAGUCCUAACCCUGAAGAAGCUACAGCCUGGAGCGCUAAACUUCAUGAAUCUUUCCAAACGACAAGCCAAGAAGACCUGUUGAAAGUUUCCUCUUGAGUUUCGUGGAGAGAAUCUCAGGUCUAGAAAUAUCCUUACUGCCACCUGACCUGAAGCCAAGAAAUCACUGACAGCUUCCAGACCAGGCCCAACAUGUGUAGCACCAGUGCGUGUGACCUGGAAGAAAUCCCCCUAGAUGAUGAUGACCUAAACACCAUAGAAUUCAAAAUCCUCGCCUACUACGCCAGACACCAUGUCUUCAAGAGCACCCCUGCUCUCUUCUCGCCAAAGCUGCCGAGAACAAGAAGUUUGUCCCAGAGGGGCCUGGGGAAUUGGUCAGCAAAUGAGUCAUGGACACAGGUGUCAUGGCCUUGCAGAAAUUCCCAAUCCAGUGAGAAGGCCAUCAACCUUGGCAAGAAAAAGUCUUCUUGGAAAGCACUCUUUGGAGUAGUGGAGAAGGAAGAUUCGCAGAGCUCACCUGCCAAGAUCUCUGCUCAGGGUCAAAGGACAUUGGGAUACCAAGAUUCGCACAGCCAGCAGUGGUCCAGGUCUCUUUCCAGCGUGGAGCAGUGCUUGGAGCAUGAAGCUGUGGACCCCAAAGUCGUUUCCAUUGCCAACCGAGUGGCUGAAAUUGUUUAUUUGUGGCCACCACCACAGGAGACCCAGGCAGGAGGCUUCAAGUCCAAAGGGAUUGUCAAACUUCAGGGUGCCUCCUCCCAGCUCGAAGACCGCCUGCCUAUAGCUUCAAGUUCUAAGAAAGAUGAAGAAGAACAAAUAAUAGCCAAAAUUGUUGAGUUGCUGAAAUAUUCAGGGGAUCAGUUGGAAAGAAAGCUGAAGAAAGAUAAGGCUUUGAUGGGCCACUUCCAGGAUGGGCUGUCCUACUCUGUUUUCAAGACCAUCACAGACCAGGUCCUAAUGGGUGUGGACACCAGAGGAGAAUCAGAGGUCAAAGCUCAGGGCUUUAAGGCUGCCCUUGCAAUAGACGUCAUGGGCAAGCUCACAGCUAUUGACAACCAUCCGAUGAACAGGGUGCUGGGCUUUGGCACCAAGUACCUGAAAGAGAACUUCUCACCAUGGAUCCAGCAGCACGGUGGAUGGGAAAAAAUACUUGGGAUAUCACAUGAAGAAGUAGACUGAAAUAGCAGAUUUGUCAUCAGGAAUACUCAUCGCCUACUGUGGCCCUGUGCGCACUGGCCUCAGAUGGACUACAGGAGAUUACAAUGUACAAGGCAGAGGGAGCAUUGACGUUUUCAAAACCAUUAUUCCCGUGACUGGAGAGGCAUCAGGAGAGGCCUUGCUCGUCUCCAGCUCAUAGAACGUAGCAGCGUAGUCCCUGACAUUGAUGUUUUUCAGGCCAUCCAUUGAGUGCCUGAGGAAAUCUAUAAAGAUAAGGGGCAGGCCGGGCGCGGUGGCUCAAGCCUGUAAUCCCAGCACUUUGGGAGGCCGAGACGGGCGGAUCACGAGGUCAGGAGAUCGACACCAUCCUGGCUAACACGGUGAAACCCCGUCUCUA